UGGGUGGAGGAGGAAUAGGAGCAGGCAUGGGCACCGGUGGAGGAAUGGGGUCAAGAGCUGGAGAGCCCUACCGCCUGGCCACUCAUGAGAGCCCAUCCUCCCCUCGCCACAUGCAGUCCAACCAGGGGUCCGGCAUGGGACAGGGCACAGGAUCUGGCCAUGGGAUGGGUCAUGGACCAGCCGGCUCCGGCAUGGGAGGCCAUGCAGGUCAAAGUCCUGGUCAGCACGCCUCCCGUCGAAACCUCCAAGUCGACUUCAGCGGGUCGGGCAGCUCCAGGACAGGCCGGUCUCCCUCUGUGUCUCCUGACCGUGGUGUGACGCCCACCUCACCCUACUCUUUGCCACAGAUCGCACCCAUGCCAAGCAGCAAAUUGUGCCCAGUGUGCACCACCACGGAGCUGUCCAACCCACCGGCUGUACCCAACUACAACACCUGCACCCAGUGUAAGGCCACCGUCUGUAACCAGUGUGGAUUCAACCCAAACCCUCACCUCACUGAGGUCCAGGAAUGGCUGUGUCUAAAUUGCCAGAUGCAGAGAGCUCUUGGCAUUGAUAUGACCACACCUCGCUCUAAGAGCCAACAGCAGAUUCACUCUCCGUCCCACCAAGCCAAACCCAUUGUACAGCCUCAGCAGCCCACACCUCAGCCAACGCAGCCGGCAGCAGCAGCACAGCCCAAACCUUUGGCACAGAGUCAAGCCACCCAGCAGCAGCAGCAGCACCAACAGCAGCAGCAGCAGCCUCGAUCUCAACCCUAUGGCCAGACUCAACCCUACUCCCAGUCUCAGCCUUACUCCCAAUCCCAGCAGUAUCCCCAGUCUCAGCCCCAGUCUUACCCUUCAUCGCAGUCAGGGUCCCAGGCCCAGCCUCACACCUCCCCAGGCUUACAGAGACAUCCAAGCCCUGGCGGCCUCCAGUCUCAGACCGGGCCCUCCCAGCAGGGGAUGAGGACUGACCCAUACUCCCAGAGAGGUCCCGGGGCUCCAGGAUCUGUUGGAGGUCCCACAGGAGGCCCAAGCCAAACAGGAGGUCCUCGCAUUCCCCAUCCUGGCGCUGUACCUCUCCCUGGUUUGACCAAGGCACCCUCUCAACCUGAUUUAGGCCGUGGUUCCCCCAUGCACCAGCCUAUGACACGGCACCAUGACCAGACUAGAAGCGCUGGAUCCUCCCCAGCCCACAGACCUCAGAGUCAAGCCCCUCCUCCUGCACAGGAUGGUCUGACCAAACUGUUUGGCUUUGGAGCAUCUCUGCUGAAUCAGGCCAGCACCCUGAUCAACGUUGACCCUCUCUCCACCGCCUCCACCCAGCCAAGCCCUGCACGAGGAAAGGUGGUGUUCAGUAAUGCAACUCCUGACAACAGGCAGCAACAACAAGGGGCACCCACUACCAAACCCUUUGGUGUGGGGGGCUCUCAUGCUCCAAGUCAAAUGGGGGGUCCUCAUGCACCUGGCCAAAUGGGAGGCCCUUAUCCAACUAGCCAAAUGGGUGGUGUUCAUGCACCUAGUCAAAUGGGAGGUCCUCAUGCACCAAGUCAGAUGGGAGGGGCUCAUGCACCAAGUCAGAUGGGAGGGGCUCAUGCACCAAGUCAAAUGGGAGGUCCUCAAGGACCAAGCCAAGUGGGAGGUAUCAUGGGUGGACCACAUGCUCCAACCCAGAAGCAACAGCAGAGCAUGUCCCACCAACAAGACAUGCAUCAGCAACAUCAGUCGCCAGCUCAUCAUCAAAAAGGGCAGCAAGGACAACAACCGCUACCAAAAGGACAACAACAUCAGCAAACACCUGCUCAUCUGCAGAAAAUGCCACAGAAGCAGGAGCCUGUGAAGGCACCUGUUGUUGCUCCGGAACCUGUGAAGCCCAAAGUGAACUGUCCUCUUUGUAAAACAGAGCUGAACAUCGGCAGCUCCGACCCACCCAACUACAACUCCUGUACGCAGUGUCAGAGCCAAGUGUGUAACCUGUGUGGCUUCAACCCCACACCACAUCUGGUGGAGAAAAAAGAAUGGUUAUGUCUCAACUGCCAGACCCAGCGCCUCAUGUCCGGAGGCGGUCUCGACGAUCCUCCGCUUCCUGUUCCUCAUCCCUCACCCAAGCACCAACCAAUGGGUUCACCUCGUCACCAGACGCCAAGCAGUCAGCAAAGUCCUCUCCACAAACCUACCGCUCAGCAGGGGCCCAAAUCAUCCCAGCCCCAGACACAGAAACCACAGGCGGGAACUGGUGGCAGCGGACCCUUUACGCCAACGGCCGCCAAACAACCAAGUGACACCAAGACCACAACACCGGUUACAGCGCCAGUACCAACCACGGAAGCCCAGAAACAGCCAAAACCCACAGAGGUGAAGACCAAGACCGAGCCUGAGAACCAAACUGCCAAAGAGACCAAACCCUCACAGAAGAAAGGAGAGCAGAUCACACCGAUCAAGGAAAUUAAGAAGUCCAGGCACUAUGACGAUACUAAAAACAACAGCACCCAUGACUUGUCACGCAGUCCUCAGAGCCUCAGCGACACAGGCUACUCCUCUGAUGGCAUCUCCAGCUCCCACAGUGAAAUUACAGGUCUAAUUCAAGAGGAGGAGAUGAAGUUAAGUGAGAGGGGAAUCAGUGGGCGAGGAUCCCCACCAAGCCCUUCUGAAAUCACCAAGCUAGAAAGCUCCAUGAGGCCAUUGCUGGAGAAGAGCUUCUCUGAAGAAAAAGCAGACAGAAGAGGAAGGAAGCACAGAGAAAGAGACUUGGAUGACAGAGGGAAACAGCGCCCACGUUCUCUGUCAAUCCCCCCAGAUGCAUACGACUCAGAUGAGGAACUAGAGGAUAUCCUGGAAGAGGAAGAAGAUGGAGGUGACUGGGAGGCUAAACGAAAAGAAGGUAAGGAGGACAAGAAAGAGAAGAAAAAGAAAGAAAAGGAGGCGGAGCCCACAGAAAUGACUGAUGAAGAAUUCAUGAGGAGACAAAUAAUGGAGAUGAGUGCAGAUGAAGACAAUGAAGAAGAGGAGGAGAUGGAAGAAGAUGACGAUGAGGAAGAUGAAGGAUAUGGCUACCAGAAACCCAAGAAAAGCCACCAUAAGCACACCAUCUCUGACUCAGGGAAAGAGAAGAGACGCCUUCAGCACCACUCCAGCAGUUUUGAGGAGGAAACCAAGAGCUCUUCUGAUGUUUAUAAAGGCUCCUUGGAAGAGGGUGAGGAAGAUGUGAUGGCAUCACAAGGAGGCCUGAGGCGGUUUAAAACCAUUGAACUUAAUAACACCAAUAGCUACAGCCGAGACAUGGAGCUGGGCAAUGAAAAUGAUUUGAGUCUUGACCGGGAACCAGAGCUCGAGAUGGAAAGCCUGACAGGAUCUCCCGAGGAACGUUCUCGGGGUGAUUACUCCUCAACUCUGCCACCCACUUCAUCCUCAUAUGGCUCAGGACAGUCUCCUACUUCCAUCUCAUCGAUGGAGGAAGACAGUGACAGUAGCCCCAGCAGGAGACAAAGACUGGAAGAGGCAAAGCAGCAGAGGAAAGCACGCCACCGCUCACACGGACCACUUCUUCCCACCAUUGAAGACUCUUCAGAAGAGGAUGAACUAAGAGAGGAAGAGGAACUUUUGAGAGAGCAGGAAAAGAUGAGGGAGGUGGAACAACAGAGAAUAAGAAGCACAGCACGGAAGACCAAGAGAGAUAAGGAGGAGCUGAGGGCUCAAAGACGUAGAGAAAGGUCCAAGACACCACCGAGUAAUCUCUCACCAAUUGAAGAUGCUUCUCCGACCGAGGAGCUAAGACAAGCAGCAGAAAUGGAAGAGCUCCAUCGUUCCUCUGCUUCUGAAUAUUCCCCCCAGAGUCUGGACUCAGAGGCUGAGGGAUAUGAGUCCAAACUGUACAAGUCAGGCAGUGAGUACAACCUGCCCACCUUCAUGUCUCUCUACUCACCAGUAGAGAAAUCAUCAGCUACAACGACCACCACAGCACCCUCUUCCACUUCCAAGCCAUUGAAGAGCGCUGAGGAGGUAUAUGAGGAGAUGAUGAGAAAGGCUGAGAUGCUUCAGAAACAACAAAAACAACAGCAGCAACAACAGCAACAUGGUAGACAUGGGCAGUACUAUGAUGAAGACAUAAAUGGACAAGCCUAUGAUGAUGAGUAUGAAUAUGAACAGGAUAGCACAGGAUAUGACAAUGAGGCAGCAGAGACAGAAACAGAUAUUUAUGAAGAAAUCCGCCAAACAUCUCAGAACAUCACCAAGAUGCAGCAAGCCACAGAUGAGCAAGUAGAGAUUGAGAUUGAGAGCUCUUACCCAGACAAACAGCUCUUAGACACAGGCUCAGCCUUUGCUAAGCUUCUGGAGCAGAGUAAUGCUCUCCUCACUCCAGGAACCAGCCCCACUCAGAUCUCUGCCCCUGUCUCCUUUGCUGAGACUGGAGGACGUAUCCCAGAUGUCAGAGUAACCCAGCACUUCUCUGCAAAAGAUGGACACAAAGACAGGCUCAAAAGUCAAGCAGGAAAAAAUGGAAUAACUCCAACAGUAGCUGCCACCACAAUUGCGGCCUACGGAGUUUAUGCCAGAGAUGCAGUAACUAUUUCUCAGACUGGUUCAAGCCACACUAUGACAUCUACUCAGUCUGACAUAUGUCGCAGACACACAGGAAGUACUGCCACAUCCUCAGCUACAGUCUCAAGUGUAUGCAGCAAAAUUGCAGAGAUUACCCAGGCCUACAGUCAAAGAGAAGUGAUCACCAGAAGGGUGGGAGAGACCAGGGGUGUCCAAGUGCGAGACAGCUCAGCAUCCUCGACUGAAAGAAUUAUUGAACCACGUUCUCCCAAAUAUACUACUUACUACAGGAGCACCAGUCCUCCUCUUUCUCCAUCGCCACCACCACAAAGUCCAACUCGUUCUCCUUCAAGAAGGAAUACAGCAGAGUUUUCUACACAGACUUUCAGUUCAGCAUUGCGAAUGGAGUCAGCUGGCUCUGGGCCUACAUCACCAGUGAUGGCUCAGGGAACCCAAACAGCACAUCGAUCAGUUUCUCCGCGGCUCUAUCGACAGCAGUCUUCCCAGGAUGCUCCAUACUCACCACCGUCAAGCCCAGCUAGGCCAAUGACAGUCAACACAGCUACUUCCCCCCUGUCUUCGCCUACCCGGUUUAGCCGGCAAUCAACAUUUGACACUUAUUCGCCAUGUGGUAGCCCCCCUGACACACCACCAUACCAGUAUUCUCCUACACGCAGCUUCUAUCAAACACAAAGAGUGGAGAAGGUAAAUGUGGGAACAAGUAUGGCUACCACAGCCAGCAUGUACACCAGAGGAUCCAUGUCAAUGGAUAAUAUCUCCCUGUGCAGAAUAUCUACAGUUCCAGGCACUUCUAGAGUGGAACAGGGCCAAAUGAUCCAUGGUGGUAGUGUUGUAGACCUCAGAACAGCCACCAAACCAGCCCCUAUUAUCAUGACUGACCAGGGAAUGGACCUCACCUCCUUAGCUACAGAGAGCAGAAAAUACCAUGGUGGAUCAGAUGGUAGCAGACAUUCAACAAUUGUACAACCGCUGAUUAUGAACUUGAACACCCAGGAGAUCACCACACCAACCACUGUGAGUGUCACUGUGGCUGCUUCUAUGUUCAUGACUCAGCCCAAACAGCCAGCGGUAUAUGGGGAUCCCCAUCAAAACCGGAUGGAUCUAGGUCAGGGCAUGGGUUCAGCAGUGUGCCUUUCCCAGACCAAACCGACAAUUUCACCUCCAGCUGACCCAACAAUACCAAAAAUUGAUGCCAAGUUGGAAGACCUCAGCAUCCAACAGAGGGAGUUACAGAAACAGCAGGAGAAGCUGCAGAAGCAGCAAGAGCUCCUUGAACAACAGUUACAGCAGCACCAUCAGAUGCAACAGCAGCAGCAACAGGUAUCUGCCUUGGCCAGGUACAAUCUUACAGGCCAGAUCUCACCUUUGCUGAAAAAAGACUUGCUUGUCAGCCAGACUAGCACUGCCUCAGCUGUGGUUAGUGCUGUGUCACCAGUCAUUAACCCUGAGCUUUAUGGUACUGGUCCCAUUGAGCUAAAAGGAAAGCCCAGUCCUCCUGGUUUUAUGUCGGGAGGCAAAUCACCACAUAGCAUGGUAGUACAGGUUGAUGGAGGGUCAGAACCGGCCAGGGCAGUGACUCAGUUAGUGAAGGUAGAAGAAGGGCAGGAUGCUGUGGAUCUGACAGGAGGCCAAAUUAAACCUGACAACCAACCAGCCUGUUGUGAUGUUGUCUACCGGCUUCCAUUUGGUGGAAGCUGUGUUGGUGGUUCUGAGAAAGAGGGCAUAAGGCCUCCAUCUGCCCCACCUCUCACCUACGAAUCUGACCAAGAAAGACAACCUGAAAGGUAUCAUGAGUACCCAAUGGAUGGACGUAAGGCUUACACAUUACCAUUUCCUGGUAGACUGCAGCCUUCAAUGUCUGAUACAAACCUUGCUGAUGCUGGACUACAGUCCUACCAUUCUAAAAUGGAACCACAUCUCCAAGCCUCAGGAGAACUUGCCAUGGAUUUAACUGCUAUGAAACAGGGCUAUGGAGGAUUUAUAGGGAUGCAAUAUGGUUCCUAUACAGAUUUACGCCAUGGAGGAGACAUUGCAGCUCAAACACUGCCUAUUAGGAGAUAUAAUUCCUUGUCUAACAUCAGUUCAGAUUAUGGCUAUUCUGCUCGUGACAUUGCCAGCUUCCAGGAAGCUAACUUGGCUCAGUACAGUGCUACAACUGCAAGGGAAAUUAGUCGGAUGUGUGCAGCACUGAAUUCCAUAGAUCGGUAUAGCAGCAACCCAGACUUGAUGCAAUUUAGCAGUUUGGGAAGACCCACUGGUCCUGGAGCUUCUAGACUCGCAGGUCUUGGCAUGAGACAGAAUCUCCUUUUUGGACUAGAUGGAAAACCAAUCUCUCACAGUCAAGCACUAACCAACCUUAUCAAUGCCAGGCAGGCAAGCCUGAGAGCCAUGUACCCUGCUGCUAUCAGGUCUUCCGAUGGGAUGAUCUAUUCCACCAUUCAGACUCCCAUUGCUUCAACACUUCCGAUCACAACCCAGCCUGCCUCUGUUCUUCGCCCACUACUGAGAGGUGUCUACAGGCCAUACCCCUCUGCGAACAUGACACCAGUACCCCUAUCAAGUCUCACCAGAUUACCAAUGAGCCCCAGAAUGCCCAUAUCUGGACAAACUCCAGUACGUUACCCAACACCAGGCCUUCUCCAGACAACUUCAGCCACUGCUGCAACAACUUCAGCACCAGCUGGGGCUCCUGUGUCUGCUUCAAUGACAGUUACGAGUUUAACAGUCCAAGAUGAACCAGUUUACCUUGGCAAAAGUGCUGCAGUGACCUCUACAUCGGCAGGGGUCAGCUCAGUACCAGGAGCAACCGUCAUACCAACUGAUCCGCAGCAUCAGCCAAUAAACCUGUCCCAGGCACACCUGAACAGCCAACAGCAGCAACAGCAACAAGCGGCAACUGCUCAGCAGUCACAACCUCCUUCAGCAGCCCAUGCCUAUCCACCCUCAGGUCCUUCACACACCCAUGGCUACUCCCAACCUCCUCUUGGCCCACCUGCUCCCACCGGUGGCCUACCCAUUUCAGGUGGUCUUCCUCCCUUCCCUCCACCAGGUGCCAUACAUAAGGAGGGGGAAACAGAGGCAGAGAGGCUGCACCGACAGCAGGAGCAGCUUCUGCAGAUGGAAAGGGAACGCGUGGAGCUGGAGAAACUCCGUCAACUGCGCCUGCAUGAGGAACUGGAACGAGAAAGGAUAGAGUUGAAAAUGCACAGGGAGAAAGAGCAGAUUCUUGUGCAAAGAGAAUUACAGGAGCUUCAGAACAUCAAGGAACAGGUUUUACAGCAGCAGCAGCACGAGCGUGAGAAACAACUUGUCCUCCAGCGGGAGCAGCUGGCCCAGCAGAAGUCUCAGCUAGACCAGAUCCAGUCUUUACAGCAGCAGCUCCAGCAGCAGCUCGAAGAGCAGAAGAGACAGAAGACGGCUGCUGUAGGUCAGAGCAUGCAGCUGGAUAUGAACGGGCAGCCGCUCCACCCCUACAUAGACCCUCAGAUUGGCUCCCGUUCCCUACGCAACUCCUCAUCAGAGAUUUGCCUCAGGAGCCAGGAGGAGCAAAUGGAGAACAGGACCAACAUGAGGAAACACAGCUCCAUGACCCGAUUGACCAGGGACAGCAUGGACGGAGAUGGCGUGGUGUUCUACGGCUCUCCCCGCAGAAUUGUGGACAGCUGUGUGCAGACUGAUGACGAAGACGGCGAGGAGAGGUACAUGAUGCGUCAUCGCACCAGGAGACGUGGUCGCAGCGUUGACUGCUCUGUUCAAACAGAUGAUGACGAGGACAAGGCUGAGACUGAGCAUCCAGUCCGCCGAAGACGUUCCCGUUUCUCCAAGCACUCAGAGUCCAGUGCAGCUGGCAGCAGCACCGCCGCUACGUCCACUGCAGCUACCGGCAACCAAACUGACACCUCCAAGAUGGUUUCUUCCAGUAUUGCCAUCCAGACCAUCAGGGAAAUGUCUUGCCAGACAGAAGUGGAGCACCUAGGCAGAGUCUCCCCAGCAAUUCAUGUGACAGUACCUGACCCCAAUAAAGUAGAGAUUGUCCACUACAUUUCGGGACCUGAGCGUACCCAAAAAGGACAAUCUCUAGCAUGCCAGACUGACCCAGAGGCCCAGUCACAGGGCGUUGUAGCUCCCCAGCUCAGUGUACCAACCACAGUCAGUCCGUAUUCUUCCUCUACCAGCGCUGGAACUCACCAGUCUAGUUCUGCCGACCUUUUAACCCAGCAGCGCCAGCAGCAACACAUUGCAGCAAAUGCAGCCAAGUUUGAUCGCCGCCGCCCUGACCCACUCGACAUCAACUAUCAGCCUCACAACCACCUCCACAACGAGUCAAUCUCAAGCAUCAUCCGGCAGCAGCAGACAGCCCCAAAAUCUCCGCAAGUCCUCUACUCUCCUGUCUCCCCAGUGUCCCCUCACCGCCUACUGGAGACUUCUCUGUCUAGUGAGCGUCUGAACAAAGCCCAUGUCACACCUCAGCAGAAGUCCUACACAGCCGAAUCUCCCCAGAGGCACCCUUCUGUCCCCCGACCCAUCAAGAGCACCCAGAGGUCCAUGUCAGACCCCAAGCCGCUCAGCCCCACAACAGACGAGCACACCAAGGCCAGAUUGUCCCUGUAUCAGCAACAAGCACUCCAGAGUCAGCUGGCAGCCCUACAACAGAGCUCACUACUCCGCAAGGUCAAGCGAACCCUGCCCAGCCCUCCUCCAGAGGAGACUGUUACAUCAGCUCACCUGCCCAUGAUGACACCCACGCUGCAACAGGUCUACCUGCCCUCCGUGCCCAGCCUCAAGCCCAGCUCCAGGUCUGGCCUGGCCGCUAAAGCCAGCCUCCUCAAAGACCUCACCCACGAACUGAAGGCCGUUGAGCAAGAGUCCACCAAACUUAGAAAGCAGCAAGCUGAACUGGAGGAGGAAGAGAAAGAAAUUGAUGCUAAGCUGAGAUACCUAGAGCUGGGGAUUCACCAGAGGAAAGAGACACUGGUCAAGGAGAGGGAGCGAAGAGAUAUUGCCUACCUAAGGUGUAUGGGGGACACUAGGGACUACAUGUCUGAUAGUGAGUUGAAUAAUCUACGUUUAGCAGCUGCAGCUGCAUCGCACGAGACCAAUGGACUACUGACAACUAGGCCAAGUACUGCCCCUCUGAGCCAGUUUACCAGCGACCUCAACACGGCAGCCCAGUAUCCCCCCACCUCAUCUUUCCUUUCCUGUCAGUACCCCCAGAGCCAACCGGCAGCACCAUCUCAGCAACCGAGUAUGCCAUACCAGUCCUCAACAUUCAACCAGCCUCCUUACCCAACAGUGUCACAGUCACAGGCACUGCCACAGCCCACACCCCUUCAGAGCCAUGCCCCACCUCCUGGACCUUCCUACCAGUCUCAAACUUCCUAUCCUUCCCACACCUACCCCCAAACUCAGCCCCCAUACCCCCAGACAGACAUGGGGAUACCAGCUGCUCCUCAGCCUCAGCCCCAGCCAGGGCAUACAGGUUUUGGGCCUGCUCCACCCGGUCAGCCCCCAUACCCCACCCACAGCUCACCCUAUCCCAGCGCUGUGUCCUCCUACCCCGGCCAGACCACCCCAUAUCCUGGGCAGCCCCAGGCUGAUAUUCUUACAGUUCAUCCAGGAAGACCAAGGCAGACGUCAUUAGCCGAUCUGGAACACAAGAUGCCCACUAACUAUGAGACGAUCAGCAACCCCACAGUUGUGGUCACCACCACAGCCCAGGAUGCUGUCUAUUCCAGUGCAGCCCCACCAUAUGGUCAGUACACUGGAACAACCACCAUGGCAAGCUCAUAUGGGCCCUAUGGCUCAGCACCAGUGUCCAGCGGCUAUGGUGGGUACUCUACAAUGCCCCCCAGCACGUAUGGCCAGUAUACCUCAACCUCAGCUAGUUCAUAUGGCCAGUACACCACAACCACUGCUAACACUUAUGGCUACACCACCACCACAGCAAGCUCCUAUGGACAGUACACCUCCACAGUUUCCAAUGCCUAUGGACACUCUGUAGACAGUCCUUCCACCUACAGCACAGCAGAUGGGAUGUAUGGGGCUCCUGGCUUAGAGCAGAACAUCCCAAGGAACUACAUGAUGAUUGAUGAUGUAAGCGAGCUGACGGCAAAAGACGGGCUGGGCACGACAACAGGGGACAUGAUACAUCACGGCAGCAGCGGGCGUUACCCGGGCGACAUCCACGGCCACAGCAGCACCACUGGCAGUACGACGCGUGGGGGAACUGGCAGCUCCCCUUAUGGCCGGGCACCCGAGGAGGAAGCAGCGAUGCAGGAAGAGCUGUACGACCACCAUGGCAGGGGUAAGAGCAGCUACAGGCACGGACCUCUAGGGGGCAGCAGCAGCAGCGUGAGCUCUAGCAUGGGUGGGGGAUCCCCCUAUUACUAUGACUACGACUACAAAUAUGGCAGCCUCCGCACUGGGGUACAGAAACCUUUGUCGUCAUCCAGAAGCCUUCUGGCUCCUGCUGUCAUGUCUACCAAGCGCAGCAAGCACAGGAAACUGGGGAGUAUGGAGCAAAAAAUCUCCAAGUUUUCUCCCAUUGAGGAGGCUCGGGAUGUGGAGGCAGACCUGGCCUCCUAUUCCUCAGUGACAGGUGGGACUUAUCCCUCCUCCCACAUUCGAGGGCGCCAGCUGAUUGAGGAUUAUGGCUUUAAGAGGACUUCUUACGACGGCGGCAGUGGCAUCUCUCAUAAUAGUCGAAGCUAUGGUAUGAUGAUGGAGGAGGACGAUCGAAUUUACUAUACCUCCACUGGCCGGUCCCGUUCCACUGGCUAUGGCAUGGACAAGAUUUCAGCCAGGGACUACUCUGGGUAUCGCAGCCGAUCCUAUGAGAGGGACGAUCGCUCCUAUCGAUCUGGCUACAGCAGGGGGCGCCACCCAACUCGCCAGUACUCUGAAGAGGAGAGCCCACUCAGUCCCUUGGGGAGGUUCAUGGGUUCUGGGCGAUCAUCGAGCUUAGGUCCCGACCCAUAUGACAAUCGCAGCAGUAAAUAUCAUUACUAUUAUGGCCAAUAUGGUUCCAGCCACUCGCUGCCCGACGUUCAAGACCACAUAAGGGACCUUCCCAGGACGCAUGUCUACAAAUCGGAUGACACAUACAUUAUUGACGAUUAUCAUUGUGCUGUGUCAGACAGUGAAGCCUACCAUCUGGGCCAAGAAGAGACAGACUGGUUUGAAAAGCCACGGUCCAGUUCUCGACACUACGGCAGCAGCCACUCAUCUGGGAGGAGUCGUCACGGAGUCAAACACACCUACCACGACUAUGAUGAGCCUCCUGAAGAGGACCUGUGGCCCCAGGAUGAGUAUGGCCAUGGAGGACGACACUCGUCAUCCCGUGACCACAGACAUCAUGGCAGUUCUAGCCGGCACUCGGCCUCAUCACGUCAUUCAGAUGAGCCCAGGGCCUCAAGGUCAUCUAAGGGUCACCCCAAAGACCCAGCUAUGCGGCACGACCCUUCAGGCCGGUCUUCAUCUUCUGGAAGGCGCGGUGAGUCAAGGUCUGGAGGGUACCACUCUUCGGACUACUCACGGGAUCCAUCUGGACACCAUCACGGCCAGCGCUCAUCUAGACAGGGGGACCCACACAGGUCCUCACGCAGCAAGUCCCAGGGGCAAGUAGACAUGCAGGGUCAACCACCAGGCUCCUCCAGAUCAGGCAGCAGCUCUGCCCGGGGUCAGGGCUCCGCUGUGGGGCCCACAGGAUCAGGUCGACAGGGUGGUCCUGGCUCCCUGACAGACGGACCUCCAGGACAAAGGACUCAGCUACAACAGCAAGCCCAGACUUCAGCAGCCAGGCCAGGACAGCCCGGUGUCACAACAAACAUGGGCCCUCAGCAGCAACCCCCAGCCUCAGGACAAGCCAUGGGUAUGGGAAUGGGCAUGGGCCAAGGCCAGGCUAAGCCCGGGCAGAUGGGACCGGCAGGUGGACCCAUGGGCCAGACCAGACAGACAGGUCCAACAGGAACCACACCAUCCAACAUGACCAAGAUCGAGACACCUCCUGCAACAGCUAUUGGAGCCAAAGCAGCGCCCGUCAUGGCCUCAAAGGCUGCCCAGCCCCCACUCACAGGCAUAGGCUCCAAGGCAGCUCCCAGACCUGGAGGUAUUGGCAGUGCAGCGGCAGGUCAGCCCGGCAUGGAGGGAGAAGGCAUGUUUUCUAAGAUCCUGCCUGGAGGAGCCGCUGAGCAGGCCGGCAAACUGGGAGAAGCUAUCUCCGGUUUUGGCAAGAAGUUCACCUCUUUGUUCUGAGGUGCUAAGAUUAAGGACUAUGAAAAUAAAUAAAUAAAUAAAAACAACAACAAUGACUUGAGGCUUCGUACCAGAAAAACCUGCAGACAUCCCCUUGCUUUUUUUUUUUACUGGAAGAGAGAGAUAGAGGAAGGAGAGAGGGGAACGGAGAGGAGAGCUGAGCACACUGCCAACAAGGACUGGAAUCAUCUGGAUGCUUCAUGUCUCAGGCCUGAGCACAUACAUGCUGCUUUCUCUGGCAGGCCAGACAAUCAUUCCAUGUCCAUUUGAACAUCUUCAGAAGGACUGUCCUUGUCCAUCCAGGAUGCCCCUCCAAAGAAUCUGGCUUGACCGAAAUACUGCAGAGCCCCUGGACCCAAGCUGCAGCAGUUAUAUCCUCCCCUCCAUUACAAAAGAGCAACGAUGGCUGCAAAGAAAACAGGGGGCGUUUAUCAAAACCAAGUAUGCACCAAGUAUGUCUCUGGAGAACAACAGGACACAGCAUGUCCAUCAUGGAAUAGUAACAACAGAGUACUUGAUGACGUCUCCCAAAUGCAUUCUGAGGAUACCUGUGGAUACCAAGUCCAUAAAAUGAUAAAAUCGGUCAUACUUGGACAGACGCGUACUUUGAAUUGGAACAGUACCUGAGCUGCAACUGAUGAUGUUUUACAAGAACAGAAGAGCAGGCAGGAACGCGCAUUGAUAAACGCCCCAGGUUUUGGUUUUGCUUUACAUAUACCAGAGGUCUACACAGCUGGAGAACAUACGUGGAGGCAAAGUCCUACCUUAGCCCUGCGCGUGGAUUCAACUCUUCAGUUUCAAUGGAAGGAAACAAUGGAAGGUUGCGACUCUACUCUCAUAUGCUGAUGGCUCCACAGUUUAUAUGAGAGCUGCUUGGUCCUGUUAACACAGUCCUGUGCUCCAACUAGUACCAACAACAACAAACCAGCCUCUCUCCUCUUUUCUAUUUCUUAUCAAAGUAGAAAACAAAAAUAGGGAAAAUGUACUGAAACAUGCUGAAGUAUGUCAGGUUUUUCUGGUACCUAUAAGACCUCUUUGUUACGUGGCCGUACACUGAAAACGUAAUGGAUGGAUUUAAGAAAUGGAAAUGCCACACUGAAUGAAUAAGACAAUGAUAACGAUGUAGCCAACACGGAACCGGUGUUGGCGUUUCUUUCCAUGAUUUGCUCUGUUUCUAUCUACAUUCCAGAUUGGAACUGUUCCCUUCCUCACCUUUCUGCGUUUCUUGAAUGCUGAUUCUUUCUUUCUUUCCUUUUUUUUAUUUCUAAUCCUAGUCCCAAUAAUCCACAAUUUGCCAUGUCUUUAAAGAAGUGUAUAGUGGAUUUAAAAAAAAAGAAAAAAAAAGUAGUAGGAAUUUGAAAUGCAUGGAACUUUAUAUCCAAGACCUUACACUGUUCAUCAUUACUUAACAGAGGCCAUAAAGACACUGGGAACGGCAUCAUAUAGGUAGACGACGUAAAUAAUAACCAAGAAGAGAGAUUACUGAAGCAACACGCGGGAAUGAGAGGAGCCUUUUAUUUUAUUGUGUUUUACAGAAAAUAUUUGACUGGUGUGCUGAAUGAAGCCGAAUACGGUUGGGUUGUUUUUCAGCCUUUACAAAGCCAUUAAGACAACAUUUACCUGCAGUGCUUGUGGGCAUGGGUUAUCUCCAACAGCUCCACGAAAUUUGGCUCCCAAAUAUUUCUCAUGUAGGUGGUUGUCAUUUUCUUUUCUUCUUCUUUUUUUUAUGUGUGUGUUCUCGUUCUUUUUUUCUACUUUCGUUUUGUUAUCCGCCUGGUUUUUAUUUUGCAGGUUACCAAUAUCGCCUUAAUCAUUUUUAAAUGUUUUAUUUUCAUGUAAAAGUGGCAUACUUUGUAAUCACAUUUUUCAUCACACUCUUUUUUAUGUACUAAUAUCAGCUAGAACACUGGCCACAGAGAGAUUAGUUUAUAUUUUUUGAAUUAACAUUGUUUUUGAUAAUUGUUUGUGAUAUAAUUUAUUUAUUUAUUUAUUUUAUUUUGUAAUGUAAUGUUACCUUCAUCAAGCCCCCUGUCAAUUUUCUGACUUUAAUUUAUUAUCAAUAAUUAUAAAAGCAAUAGAGUAAGAGGUAAGAAGGCAAAGAGCACAAUCUUGUGUCAUUUUAUUAGUUGGUGGAAUAGAAAUGUGUUGCCUCCGUCUGUCUAACUUACAACCGAUGUACUGCUCAAGUCUGACUUAAAAGUACCACAAAACGAACUCUAAUGUUGUACUACUGCUGUACUAAUACACCAGAGCACAGGAGUUCACCUAUAAACCCUGAGGAUGGUACCACCCAGAUCUUUUCCUCCAACCAACGGUGAGACUUUGGUGUCGUCAAUCAGCCCGUCGGUGGAUCGGAGCGACACACUGCUUACAUUAGCCAGCUGGAGUGUGAUGUGAACGCACUGCAGGGCAGCAGAGAGGCACUGAAACGCAGACCAGUCACCGCAGCAGCAGAACUGGACUCGGCUUCAUCACCUACAGGGGUUUGGGUUUCGAUGUGAUUCCUCCGAGACUCCGAGGUGGACGUUCAUUGGGAGCCCGCAAGAAGCUCCUCACACAAGUGUGUGUCAGCAUGUGUCUUCACUGUCAAACGUGCACAGCGCACAUGGAAGCACACUCAAAAUGGUGUCAAAGAGAAAAAAAAAAAAACAAAAAAAAAGAAGAAGAAAUCAGUGCUCAUGUGACUUGAGGAACCAAAAAUAACACACUUGGUUGUGUCACCAAGUCACUCGCCUUUUUUUUACUUUGAGUUUUCUAUGGUGGCGCCGUCCAGACCUGCAACCCAACCCCAAAAAACCUCUAUCACAGACUGUCAGUUGUCAGUGGAAACUUCUCAGGUCAGUGUUCUCCCUGCUGUUGUUCCUGCAGUGCAUUGUGGGAUCUGCGGUUCGGUACUCAAAACGUACUCUGUCAGGCCAAACAUUGCGAGGCCUUCAGCAAAACCAACCAACUUCUGCUGUAUAUUGUCUGUGUGAACGCUCGCUGGGAACCUUCGCAUGCUGCCCGGCGCAGAAAACCUCAAAGUCACCUCUAUAUUGUUCUGUUCCUAAUGUUUGUAUGUAUGUGUGUGGGGGUUCUGUAUGCGUGUAUUUAAAAAAAAAAAAAGAAAAAAAAAGAAAAAGUAAAAAGAAAACCAUCAAUCGAUGUGGAAAAGAAAAGAAAACACGAGUUCAACCACAACAAAUAUGGCGGGCAGAAGAGGCGACCUCUCAUCUCCAGUCGUUCUAUGCAAUGAAUCAUAUUUGGAAAAACAGAAACAAUAGGAGGGAAAAGGCAAGUGAAAAGCAAACGGGAAACAGUCACACAGUCAUCGUUAAUCACACCUCAGUUAUUCUAGUAUCAUGUUUGCUUUGCUGUGAUAUCAAAUGAGAAGACUUACUGUGUUUAAAAUAGGUCACCUGUAAAACUGGAAAUAACAGGGAGGGUCUGGAGUUUGUUCAUGACGGCCGCAGAACUUGCACCUGCUUGGCCCUGGAGCUGGAAGAAUUGAUGACGACAGCGAGAGCCUUGCAUGGUUUCUUCAAAACCAAACAAAAGAUUUAUUUUGCAGUGAAAACAUGCUAUGGUUUUCUUUUUGGAGAGCCACCUAGUUAAACAGAAAUCUAAGGAAAUUUUAACAAAAAUAUCAAGCGGAAGCAGGGAAAUAUCUCAGUUGACAUGAACGCUUCCAGGCAGCUGGCAGCACAGAAAAGUAGUCCAGAGAAUUAUAUAUACAUAUAUAGAAAAAAAUAUAUCACAAAUUUAGAUUAUUUAUAUAUAAUACAUAUACAUAGAGACAUAUUUCAGUAUAUUCCCUAAUAUGGUCGGUGUCUGCUCAGGGGUGAAGAAGAACAAGAGAGGUUCCUUUUAUUUUAUUUUAAAUGAUCAGACUCAGAGUUUGGGAUACUUAGCUUCCAGAUUGUGCUGUUGUUAUUUCUGCGUGAACCAAGAACCACAAAUAUUGAGGUCAAACGCAGAGAUCGCAGAGUCAUAAUACAGACGACUGUACAUCAUAUAAAUUCUAGAUUAUUACUGACUAAAGAACCUGCUGUGGUGCGGUCCUAUUUAAGACAUUCCUAUUUGGUGCGUGAGCAGGUGUGAAUGUUUGAAGUUGCACUGCCACAAGAAGCCAACAGAUAAGAUUUAUAAGCUAAGUACACUGUGUUAUCUGCAGUCCUUUCUUUAAAUUGGAAACCAACCGGCAGCAAGGUUGUUAUAAAGAAGCUAUUUAUGGAGAUAGAAAAGGUGGCUUAUGCGAAGAUCCUGUAACGACUGGUUGUGUAAAGUAGCCGCGUAUAUAUUUUUUUGGGAAACAUUUAUCAGAUGACUCAUCUAUUUAAGAAUUUAUUUUAUCAUACUGAGAACCGGAUGUAGGCUAGCUAGCAAGAAAGAGAUCUAGGUUGGAAAUCUAUAGAAGGAGUAACUAUGUUUAUACGGAUGUUAACUACUGCUCGACUUACACUCAGCCUUAAUAAUAAUAAUAAUGGUCAAUAAUCAGAACAGGACCAUUUUUUGUUUCUGAAUGUGGCCAAACAAUGUGUUAAACUAGAAAUGCUAACGUGCUAUCGGCUGAGCAGUUUUUUUUUAAAUAGUUCAAAUAUCCAUCUAAGACUUCCCCCGUUCAAUCUAUGACAUUUUUUUGACUCCGUAGAGUUAAAUUCAGAGUCUGAUUUGUCUGGUUCUGUCUGGAUCAGUUACUUUGACUUCAGUUUUACAUUGCACAGCUGGUGCAUGUGGCCCAAACUGUCCUCACAGGAGAGGUCCCAGGUACACUGCCCCAGAUCACUGAGGUCACUGAAAACUAGGCGCGGAACAAACGACGUGAACGAGAGUUUAAAGUCACCCAAAUUAACACCGACUCCCUCUAUUGUGUGUCGUAUGUUUUUGGAAGUUUGUAAAAAAGUAAAAUGUUCAAUAAAUAAGUCCUCAAUCACUUUUGCCUCAGGAAAGCACACACUAAAUGCAGCAUCGUGAUGGAGACGUUCAAAAGGCAGAAAGGAACUAAUUGUAAAUGGGAUCGUGAACACUCUGCGGCACAGGCACGAUCCAGUGGCUGCUGUCGGCGAGAAGGAGCCAGUCAUAGUUGAAUGGCGCAGCCAGGAGCACAGAAAUAAUAAGAACUGUGUCAAAACGUCUUAACGUCAUGUUUUAUUUUGCUCCUGCGUGAAUACAGCCACCGGAGGUCACUUAAAUAUGCAUAGCAGCAAGGGCUUUUAUACUACAAUACUGGUCACUGAAGAAAGCCAUCCUGUUACUGCCCUCUAGCCAGUCGUGGUCUCUGUCUAUAUUCUGCGUGAUGUCUGUCUAUAUCUAGGAAUGCAACGGACCUGUUUCAGACCACAGCAAUCAUCAGUGGGCAAAACCAGCCGAGCCACAGCCUGGUUUUUUCUGAGGUGUUUGAAGCACAAACGUAGACGAUAGCAAAGACAGAUAAACUCAAAAGAGUUCAUUAAUAGCUUUCCUAGAAUGAGGAAAAAAAAAAAUCCUCAAUAUAAAAUUCUUGUCUGUGUUAUUUCAAAUGACUCUAUUAUGGAAGAAAAUUCUUUACUGGUGUUCAUUCGUUUGCAAUAGACAGAUGAAGCCAUGAGAGGUUGUAAAAGAAAUGUGAGAAGGCCUGACCCGCCUUUAAAUCUGACUCCACUCAUCUCAGCAGUAAGGCUGCGUUUACACACAGCUGGACUGCGUCUCUGUUCUGUGGCUUUUUUUUUUUUUUCUGACUGUGCAAUCAUGAAAACGAAAACAAAACAGUGUCUCUGUGUCCGCUGUGUUUAAAUGCAGCUUAAGAUGCUUUUGGGAAAUCCAGACUGUGCGUGUGUGUUCUUAACCAAAAAGGUAGCAUCCAGUGCUUGUACAGAGCAUCGUGCAGUCACCACUGCUCUUGCUGUUGGUCACGUAGACAGUUAUCGUAUAGCAGGGCCCGAGAAGGAUUUUAAAAUAAAAGUAUAUAUAUAAAUAUAUAUAUAUAUAAAGUAAAUGUUUCAUGGGUGAGAGGUUGUAAAAGAUUGCUGAAACAAACCAUGAGCGAUGUCCAUCCGUCACAGUAAAACCAUCAGGGAGCGCUUAUUCAUCUUUCGCCUGUAAUGAAUCAUCAACGUUAAAUGACAAGUGCAUGACUUGGACACCCCCCUCCCCACCCAAACUAACCGCCCCUGUCCGCCCAGCCAUCCCGUGACCCUUUUAGACCUGUCCCACCUUUGACCUCCCACCUCACGGGCUGCCGUCUCUUUUCCAGUGUAAAUACCAGAUAAGAACCGUCCAGAGUUCGCUCGGAACAAACGGCGACAACAACGUGUAAAUGAAGGACACGUUCCGGUCCAACAUGUAAAUCUCCAACACGCCAACGUACCAGAACACGCACAGACACACACGUGCACGAGAGGCGUGAGAGAGGCCUUUGCGCACCAAGCGGCCACGCAAGCCGGAGCGUAUGCAAGCCCGGGACUCGGUGCCCAAUCGCGUGCUUUUUGUGUAUAAAACCAACAGAAACUACGUAACAAACCAGAGAAGUUGUCGAUUUGAAUAACAAACGACAAAUUGCAUUGUGUGUGUAUGUGGCCGGCUCGUGCGGACUGUUUAAAACUCAUUUAAAUAAAAGUUGUAUUCGGAUAUGAAAAAAGAAAAAUAAUAAAAACAUAUUGGUCUGUGUAGAGUUUCUAUACAUGUUGUGUUUGUAAAAUGAGAUGACAUCGAAAACAUCAAAAAAAAAAAGAAAAGAAUUAUUCUGGCUUCCAUGUAAUUUUUGGGGUGGACGGAUCAUUUUAUGGGAAAUGGAGAUGGAGAGAUGGAGAUGGAGAGAUAGAGAGAGAGAGGGUGAAUUGGACAAAUGAGUUAAAAAAAAUGAGUAAAAAAAAAAGAAUUAAAAAAAAAAGAUCAAAUAACCCAACUGAAGGAAAGAUAAGGGUGAAAAUAAAAUAGAGAAAAAUGUCGAGAGCCUAAAAAUGAAAGUGUUCCAUUCACUGUUGUAAGUGCAAUGAGCUAAACUUCCUGUUUCCCCAUUGUAAAACCUUGUGUAUGUUUCCGUGUAUUCCUCCUGUAAAUGGGUGUAGUAGACCUGGUGCAUCAUGCCAUGUAAUGUGAUGAAUGACAAAUUAUGACCUUACAUUUCAAUCAGGAAAAAUAAAUAAAAGACAAAUACAUAAAAA